UGCCAUCGUUACAAAAUCUCCUCCUCUCUUGCCAUAGAAAGAGAAUCAACAGCCAGCCCGUACUUAUUAAGCGAAAAUACAGCAGGUAUGAUCUUGCACAUCUUUCUUACAACAGUCAACGUAUCCAAAAAUUGUUCACCAUAUCAGAAAUAGAGCAUGAAAAGGACGAGGGAUGACAUGGAGAUUGUGUGGCAAACUCCAGCAAACCCGCCAGACCGCCAUGACUACAUCCUUCGUGAUGGCAUACGAUAUGUUAGACCCUACUAUUUUGAGUUCAUCUCGCAUGUAAAAAAUAGAUGGGCAAACAAGACCAUUGUUGAUCUGUUCACAGAAGAAUUUAAAGGACGAGCUCGUGAUUACUAUGUAUCUGCUGUUAAAGCUGGGCGAAUUCAAGUUGAUGGACGGAUAGUGCCUAUUUCUUAUGUGGUUCAACCAUCGCAGAAGAUAAGCCAUUUCUUGCACAGGCAUGAACCACCUGUGAUGGCGUGGGAUAUAGAGAUUCUACAUAAGGAAGCAGAAGUUUUUACUGUUUCUAAGCCUGCAUCUGUUCCUGUGCAUCCAUGUGGGCAAUAUCGUAAAAACACAGUUGUUGGAAUCCUUCAGGCAGAGCAUGGCUUGGCGCCAUUAUUUCCAAUUCAUCGUCUUGAUCGCCUGGUCUCCGGACUCCUUAUUUUGGCAAGAAGUGCUUCUAGGGCUGACCUUUUCAGGCAACAGAUUGAAUCAGGCAUGGUGCAGAAACAGUACAUAGCUAGGGUAGAUGGAGUGUUUCCUGAGGAUGAGCAAGUUGUGGAUGCUAACGUGAAUUAUAAUGCUCGAGAAGGGAUGAGCACAGUGGAGGUAGGAGAUGAUUAUAUAAAUGGCAAUGCUUCAGCUAAGGGGAAGUCUGCUUGCACCAAAUUUACUCGGAUCAAUACCAAUGGGAGUCAUAGCAUAGUCCUUUGUGAACCUAUCACUGGUAGAACACAUCAGAUACGGGUCCAUCUGCAAUGUGCAGGUCAUCCUAUAGCAAAUGACAUGCUUUACCUGUCUAAAUCAGUCACCAAGCGCUCAUCUGAGGGCUUAGGUGCAGAUAGAGCUGCCGCUAAGUCAAACCUCUCAGUAGAUCAAAGUUCUCAUCAAAAUCAUAAAGAUGAAGCAGAUAAUGUUGCUGAGGAAGAUUUCAGGAUUGAUCCCAUGUGCACUAAUUGUCCAAAUUUAGCUCCAAAAGGAUAUGAUGGACACGAAGAGGGUUUAUGGCUACAUUGCAUAAAGUAUACUGGUCCGGACUGGGUGUAUGAAUGUCCAUAUCCAGACUGGGCAUUUCUUGGCUAAUCUCUUCCAUUUUCUGCACUCAGCCGUAACAAAAACUUGUCUCCAGUGAAAAGUGCAGGCUCUUUGUCAGAUGAUCUAUAUUGCUUGUUAUACAUAUGAUAAUAACUUUUUCAUUGAGUUCGAACCUGACCAUGUUGGAGAUACAUUUGCGAGUAAUGCAAAGUUGAAGCAAUUUUGUUGAUUGCAGAUCUUACUAUAUAUAUACUAGCAACGUUGGUGAAAUGUAAUUUUUUUUUUUUGAACCUAAAACAUCUGUUUACUCUUA